AUGGUGCGUCUACGACAGAUACCACGCAGUGCGGCCUUCGCCUGGUCCCCGGGCCAUUCUUCUCCCUUCCUAGCGACCGGAACGCACGUUAGAGCCGUCGACGUCGAUUUCUCCAACGAGACCUUUCUAGAAUUGUGGGAUCUCAAGCUUGAUGGUGAGAAUGUGGGAGCGGAGCUGCAGCCUGUAGCCAAGAUUAGCACAGAGUCUAGGUUUCAUGACCUUGGGUGGGCAGAGACAGAGGAUAGCACUAGAGGGCUUAUUGCGGGAGCGUUGGAGAACGGAGCCUUGAAUCUAUGGGACGCCGCAAAGCUGCUGGAUGGCUCUAGCAGUGAACCAGCCAUGAAAGUGGCUGCUCACAGCGGGGCAGUCAAAACGCUCCAAUUUCACCCUAGGCAUUCCAAUCUCCUGGCCAGUGGUGGAAGUGUAGGGGAGUUGUUCAUUACCGACCUGAAUAACAUCGAGAACCCAACUAGACUGGGCAAAGUUGCAGCCAGCCAAGUCGAGAUAGAUUGCCUCGACUGGAACAAGAAAGUACCCCAUAUCCUAGCCACGGGAAACAGUGACGGGUUCGUAACGGUAUGGGAUGCUAAGGCUGGAAAGGAGAGCUUGACCCUUAAGAACCUUGGUCGUAAGCCUGUCAGUGCUAUCGCUUGGGAUCCAGAGAAGCCUACCAGACUAGUUACGUCGAUUCCCCUCGAGACCGAUCCGGUUAUCCUUGUCUGGGACCUGCGCAAUGCCAAUGCACCCGAACGAGUACUGAAGGGCCAUGAAUCUGGCGUCCUCUCGCUGUCUUGGUGUCCCCAGGACCCGAGACUCCUCCUUUCCAGUGGCGAGGACAACCGAAAUAUAUGUUGGAACCCGCAGACCGGCGAGGCAUACGGAGAAUUCCCAAUCGUUACAAAUGCCACUUUCCAAACUCGAUUCAAUCCUACAAACCCCAAUAUUCUUGCCACUGCCUCUUUGGAUGGAAAGAUCUCCGUUCAGACGCUUCAAAACACUAAUCCCGAAACGGCGCAAAAGGGCGACGAUGCGCAACCUCUCAAUGAUGAAGACUUCUUUGCCAAAGCACAGACUCAACCACAAGGCCCUACUUUCUCCCUACCAAAGGCUCCAAAAUGGUUUGAGCGUCCUACCACCGCCAACUUUGGUUUUGGUGGAAGGGUCAUCUCAGUGGUGACAGCCCCAGGGACACGGACGUCAACCAUCCGUAUCAGCAAGUUUGAGGUAGACGCUAGCAUUGGUGCUGCUACUGAUGCUUUUGAGUCCGCUUUAAGCUCUGGAGACGUCCGUAGUAUUUGCGAGUCUCGAGCUGCCGAGGCUAAGACCGAAGAGGAGAAAUCUGACUGGAGGGUUAUGACUACUCUGAUGUCAGAGACACCUCGAAAGGAACUCGUUACUCACCUUGGAUUUACUGGCGAUGUUGAUGAGGCUGCAGACAGCUUAGCCAAGCUCGGGCUGAAAACGGAGGAAUCAGAAGAAAAGAAAGUGGAGGAGAAGGAGAAGCCAUCUCUUGCACCUCCUGCAGGAGCCAGGAAACAUAAGAGGCUCACUUCUAUCUUUGAUACUGGGGCUGAUGGCGAGAGUGACAGCUUCUUGACUGACCUAUCUGCUUCCAAGGCGGCUCAGACCAACAGCCCCUUCCAGUUGUUUACGGGAGAAGAGACUGAAGCAGACAAGUCUAUCACCAAGGCUCUUAUACAGGGUCAAUUCGACAAGGCCCUUGAGAUCUGCCUCAAGGAGGACCGAAUGGCUGAUGCUCUUAUGAUUGCUCUAUCUGGUGGUCAGGAGUGCAUUGAAAAAGCCCAGGAGGCGUACUUCCUCAAGAAAUGUGAGGGCCCCAGCUACGUCCGCCUACUAGCAUCUAUCGCUGGCAAGGAUAUCUGGGACGUCGUUCAUAAUGCGGACCUUAAGAACUGGAAGGAGAUAGUUGCUGUCAUUUGCACUUUUGCUGAUGAUAAGGAUUAUCCCGAACUUUGUGAAGCUCUUGGUGAUAGGCUGGAAGAGUACUCGAGAACUCAUGAUAGCAAGGAGACUCGCAAGGACGCUUCUUUCUGCUACUUGGCCAGUUCCAAGCUGGAGAAAGUUGUGUCUAUCUGGAUCCAGGAACUCAAGGAGAAUGAGAGCAAGAUGGUUGAGACCGCCUCUGGUGAGACUGGGUUUUCGAUCCACGUCCAAGUUCUCAGAGACUUCAUCGAGAAGGUCACUGUGUUCCGCCAAGUGUCUAAGUUCGUUGACGCUGAAAAAGAUAAGCCAUCGGACUGGAAACUCACCUCUCUCUACGACAAGUACAUUGAGUAUGCCGAGAUCGUUGCUACUCAUGGCAGAUUGGAUGUAGCAGAGAAGUACCUCAGCUUGCUACCAGACAGCCAUCCAGCAGGAGGCGCUGCAAAGAACCGCAUCCAACUAGCUACCAAGAAAGCUACCACCAAGGCCACACCCAAAGCAUCAACUUCGCAUAUUCCAGCAGCCCGACAAGCUUCAACAGCCCUGCCGCAGCCAUCGCUUGGAGGAUACACCCCUGUCCAGCCUCCAUUGUCCCAGCAGCCGCCAAUGAUGAACCGUGGACCAACUCCAAACAACCCGUACGCACCACCAGCCUUUAACCAACCCGCCAACCCUUACGCUCCAAGUGCUCAGACAUCAAGCUAUGCACCCACCACCGGCUACCAACCGACACAGCAACCAGGUAUCGCCCCUCCUUUAUUCCACGGUCAGCAAGCCCAUGGAGUUCCGCCGCCUCCCAGAGGCCUAACCCAAUCCCCCUCCACAGUAAAGCCGCACACGGAACGAAGCAAUGUCCCUGCAUGGAACGAUCUUCCCGAAGGAUUUGCAAGGACUCCAACCCCCCGACGCGGAACUCCAAGCCAGGGCCCUGCGGUUAUCAGCUCGCCGUUCCCCAAUCAGCAACAGCAGGCCCAGAGUCCUCCACCUCCUGUUGAUCAUCUACUACAUCUACAAUACAGGUCUGUAACCAAUUCGAUAACUAACCCGUCCAUAGCUGCCGGUGACCGUUCACACAUCCCAGACAAUGCCAAGCCAAUAUUCGAAAUUCUCUCCGCUGACAUGCAGCGCGUAAAAGCUCGUGCUCCAUCUAGCUUCAAGGCUCAAGUCAACGACACCGAACGAAGACUAAACAUCCUGUUCGAUCAUUUGAACAACGAAGAUCUGCUGAAGCCUGCUACAAUCGAGAGCAUGGUUGAGCUAGCGCGGGCUAUCCAGAGCAGAGAAUACGAAGCUGCGCAGGCAAUUCAUCUGGACAUUCUGACCAACCGCACUGAUGAAUGCGGAAACUGGAUGGUCGGUGUCAAACGAUUGAUUGGCAUGAGCAAAGCAACUCCAUGAACGGAAUGCAAAAAAAGCCUCACUUUCUCUUCAACCCUGACCUAGUUAGCAUUUAACACUUUUCUACAACGCCGGAAUUUUCAAUGUCGUUAUGAAGAUGAUUGUACAUGGCCCUUUUCUCUCUUGGAGUUGUUUUUGCGUCUACUUCAGUUCUUAUGGUUGAAAUAGAGAAAUCGGAGGUGUACAGCCCCCGCCUCUGGGGGUGAAAAGGCAACAUAAAAGGGCGGUGGAAGGGAAAAAAAAAAAACAGAUAAUAUGGUUCUGAUAUGAUGUUGAUAUUAGGAACUCAUUUUAUAUCAAUGUAUUGAUUGUUCUAUAUGACGUUUCUAUAAAUAUAUACCGUCCUUUCGUCUCUCAUUUAUACAUCGUCAAAAAAUGCUCACAUAUGUACAUACGUACGUCUGGAGGAAAAGCUAUAUCCUCUUUCGAAUCUUGAUUUCCAGCGCCCGCAAAGGGAGGUACAAGAUCCCACUUAGCACCAUGGCAACCUCAAAUCCAAUGUCGCCUGUGAUCUUCGCAAUCGGGCCUUGGAACCAAGUUUGCAACAUGCACGGCACCACGAGCGCAAACGACAACGCA